UCUUCUUAUCCUCCUCCUCUUCCCUCAUCUCUUCUUCUCUUCCACUCCUCAUCUCCUCCACCACCAUGAGGCUCUCUCCCGUACUCCUCCUCGCCUCCCUCCUCUCCUCGGCUUAUGCCGAAUCCAAGGCCGUCCCCGAAGCCGACGAGGCCGACUUCGCGUCCGACCUCGCCCUCGCCGAAGCCGCCCUCGCGGUCCGCACCGUCCCCAAGUACUUCGACGAGCGCCGUCUCGAGAAGCGCACAAACCCCGGCGGCACCUACGCGCCCACCUACGUCUCCUGCCCGAAAGACUCCUCGGGCGAUCUCAAGACGCUCGUGCGCGAGGCCUCGUCCAUCUCAAACAAAGAGAACGCGUACCUCGACGGCCGCCAUGCUGCUAUCAACGAGUACUUGCCUACCUACCUCAACCAGCUCAACAUGACCGACUUUGACGCCGAGACCUUCCUCGAGGACACAAACAUCACCAUCGGCAUCGCCUUCUCCGGCGGCGGCUACCGCGCCAUGCUUUCCGGCGCCGGCUUCCUCGCCGCGUUCGACAACCGCACCACAAACUCUACUAACGACGGACAUGUCGGUGGUCUCUUGCAGUCUGCGACCUACAUCGCCGGUCUCUCUGGUGGUUCGUGGCUCGUUGGCUCGUGGGCUAUCAACGGCUUCCCGACCAUUGCCGACCUCCAGGGCGACGAGGACGUCUGGGAUCUCUCGCACUCAAUCAUCAACCCCGACGGCUGGGAGCUCUGGGACACCGCCGAGUACUGGGACUACCUUCUUGACGCUGCAGACGCCAAGCGGGACGCGGGAUUCAACAUCUCGCUCACCGACUACUGGGGUCUCGGACUCGCCAACCAGCUUCUCAAUUACACCGACGGCGGCCCCGCCGUGACCUUCAGCGACAUCCGCAACCAAACACUGUUCAAGAACUUCUCGAUGCCGUACCCGCUCGUCGUGUCCGACGGAAGACCGUACAACACGCUCAUCGUCUCGACCAACUCGUCCGUGUACGAGUUCAGCCCGUACGAGUUUGGCAGCUGGGACCCGUCUGCGUACGCGUUCAUCCAGACCGAGUAUCUCGGCUCGACCGUCGACGCCGGCGUGCCCGUGAACUCGUCCGCGUGCGUCAAGGGAUUCGACAACGCGGGCUUUGUCAUCGGCACCUCGGCCACGCUCUUCAACCAGUUCAUCCUCCAGCUCAACUCGAGCGGCGUCAGCGGUCUCGUAUACGACGCCGCGGUCGACAUCCUGAGCGACAUCGGCGAGGACAACGACGACGUCGCGCCGUACCAGCCCAACCCGUUCUACGGCUACAACGAAGACAUCUCGUACAUGUACAACGAGACCAUCCUCAACCUCGUCGACGGCGGCGAGGACUACCAAAACAUCCCGCUCGUGCCGCUCAUCCAGCCCAGCCGCGGCGUUGACGUCAUCUUUGCGGUCGACAACUCGGCCGACACGGACUACGACUGGCCCUCGGGCUGGUCGCUGACCGCCACGUACGACCGCCAGUUUGGCACGCAGGCGAACGGCACCAAGUUCCCUGCUGUGCCGGACAAGAACACGUUCGUCGGACUCAACCUGACCGCGCAGCCGACCUGGUUCGGCUGCAACGCGUCCAACAUCACGGGCACGAACGGCGGCACGACCGUGCCGUUGAUUGUCUACCUCGCCAACCACCCGCUGUCGUACUACUCCAACACGUCGACGUUCAAGCUCUCGUACGAGACCGACGAGGUCGAGGGCAUGAUCACGAACGGAUACAAUGUGGCUACGCAGGGCAACGGCACGCUCGACGACACGUGGGCGGCGUGCAUCGGCUGCGCAAUCAUCCACCGCGAGGUCGAGCGCCGCAACGCGACGCACACGGAGCAGUGCCAGGCGUGUCUGUCAAAGUACUGCUGGGACGGCACCGUGCUGAGCUCGAACGCGACCGAGGAGACGGAGGAGCCGGACGUUGAGAUUACGAGCGACAAUACCGGCGGCGCGGGGAUGUUGUCGUGGAAGAGCGCGCAGUGGGGGGUUGUUGCGCUGGCGAUUGCGGUCGCGGCUGCCUUGUAGGCGGGUGGGUUUGUAAAAUAGGCAGGACAGGUUUGGAUACCGAUUGAUUGAUUUGGAUACUAGAAAAAUUCUGAAUAAAUUUUGAAUUUUUUUACAUAUAAAU